GAAAAGCCAGUUCACUUUGUCCCUGUUGUCAUUUCGUGUGGAAAAAAACUCUGCGGAGAAGAUAUUUUUCUGUGAAUUUGAGUCAUUUGUAGUGGUCAAAAGUGGAGAAAGAAGAGAGCAUGGAUAAUAAUACUAGCCACCCACCAAUGAGGGGUGGAUUCCGCGGACGGGGGCCGUACAGAGGCUUCUUCGAUCCGCGCGGCCGUGGAAGGGGUCGCGGUAUGGGCCGCGGAGGCCCAAUGGGUGGCCGUGGCAUGCCGCCCAUGAUGCGAGGACGUGGAAUGAUGCGGGGACCUCGCGGCGCCGGACUUGGACCGCGAGGAAUGGGCCCGCCAAGGUCACGCGGCCUCGGACGACCCCAAGGCACCGGUGGACCACCAGGUACGAACUCCGACGAAGCGGCCCCCAGGUGUCUCACCACGGUGCUCUUUGCAGGCUCAACCAAUAAUACCAACACCACAACAGCCACGCCCGAGGACGGAUCUCCCAUCCAGACCACCACGUCAUCCACAACUCCACGGGGCUCCUUCACUCCACGCGGACGAGGCUUCUUCCGUGGACGCGGCGCAUACGGCGGGCCCGGAGCGCCCAAUAACACCACAAUUCCCGGCACCGGGCCCGAUCCCAAACCCUUCAAUCGUACCGACGGGAAGCCUCGUGGGUACAUGGGCAGGGGCAGAGGCUUCGGCAGUGGCUUCAGUCGGCCCAUGAACAGGAAUUUGCUGUCGCCCGGACAGGGCAACGGCAACAUUGCCCCUGUUCCGUCGCUGAAGCGCAACGGACCCGGUGGAUUGCCAGGGCCGAAACGGGGACGCUACGAUUCGGGCCCACCCACCAGGGGAUUCGCUCCAAAGCCCAACUACGCCCAAUCUAAUCCAACUCACAUGAACCAUCAAUACACCCAGCCGCAGCAGCAGGCUCCCAACCAUACUGGAUAUGCUGUUCAUGACGGAAGUCAGCAGACAAUGGAUCCGUAUGCUCAGUCCUAUCAGCAGGCUCCGCAGCAGACCUACACCAAUAACGGCUACUCCCAAACUGGGUACACUGAUCCCAAUGUCCAGACCACUGGCUAUACUCCGACGACUGGGUAUGAUCAGCAGUACACAGAUUAUAGUGCUAGCACUUAUGGUACUCAGGAUACACGGUAUCAGUACAAUAACACUCAAGACUAUCAGAGUGGCUAUGGAACAACUACUGAUGGCUACAGUACUGCUACACAAGAUCCCUAUCAGCAGUCGUCCUAUGACGAUCGAACUUACAACACUGGCUAUGAUGCUAAUGCCUAUACUCAGGGAUCUUACCAAAAUUCUACUGGGUACUACUAAGAAAUGCCACUUUUCUUCAAUAGUGUGCUCAAGGUAGAGAUCAUUGGGAGUGUGAGCGUGGAACUUUUACAGUGGACGCUGAAAAGGUAAGAUAGUCUUGUAAGGAAAAAUCCAGAAAAAAAAUAUGGAAUUAGUAGAGAAUUUAUCGUAAUAUCUUGACUAUAUAAUAUAACAAAAAAGAUAUAAAUGGAAAGAAAACAAAACAAAAAAAAACUUAGAAGAAAAAUAUUAACAAUUAUACAUUUAUGAAGGGAUAAAAAAAACAUAAAUUAAAAAUAAUGAGAAAUACAAUUUUUAGAAAAAAUAAAAAAAAAACAAAACAAGAAUGCAAAAUAAAUAUAGAAAUUUGUGGAAGAUAAAACAAAUAAUCUGCACGACUAAAUUCCACUGAAAUUGCACUUUCAAGAAUAUUAAAUGGUUUGUUUUUUUGAUAUUUUCCAUACAUCUGGGACAUUUUUUUUUUUAAUUUGAGGGCAACCAAUAUUAAUAUAGAAAAGGGAUUUUUAGCGUCUACAUAAUUUAGAUUUAUAAUUUUAGGCCCAAAAUCUAAGGUGAAAGUGUCUAUUUGUUAUGUUCGAUAUCACCAAUAACCAAAACAUAUUUUAUCCGUAUUGACACUUUAAAUAGGAUUCUAAGGAAAUUAGAUUAGCAUUCAAGAAAGAAAUAUUAAAAAAGGAAUACAGAAUAUUUGCAAACUAUUCAUAGAGAAAUCACUGAUAAACUUAAAAAAGAAAACAAAAUAAAAAAUAAAUAAUAAAUAUUAGAAAAUGUUCUCCCAGCAAACAUUAUAAAUUGAAAAGAAAUAAAUAUGGGAACUUACAAAGAGUUUCAUUACAAAAAAAAAGAGAAUAAAAAAGUGGGAGAACCAAAAGCAAAAACUUUAGGUAUUUCUGCUGGUUUUUUUUAUCAUGAGAGCUUCAUGAAUAUAAAGAAAAAAAUCAGUGUGAAAGGAUCGGAAAGGAAUAAUUUUUAAAUAUUUCUCAAGAAUUUUCAGAGUAAACAAAUUACACAAAAUUGUGAAUAGUAAAAAAAAUACCCCAUCUUAAAAACAUUUUAAUAACUUUUAAUUGAAUCAUUUGUAAUUGUAGUGAUAGAUUCCUUAAUAAUCCACAAGUUAUUGUAAGUAAAAUCGUAUAUUUAGAUAUCAUUGGAAACAGAAAAAAAUCCAUGCACUUAUAGUUGCUUAACCCGAAAAUUUUACAGCAAAACAAAGUUAGAAAAAAAACAUUAGAAUAAUAGAAAAAAAAUUAAGCCCAAAACACAAAUAAUUUAGAUUCAAUAUUGCUGCAUCUUUUUGCACCAAAAAAAGACAAAAAGUUUGACUUAAAGUAGGAUUGAAAAAUUAAUUUCAACUAAACUUAUACAGAUAUCCAAGCAAAAUAUUCUUAAACUCUGUAUGUGUGUGUAUUUGUUAGAAAAAAUAUAUAUUCUGUGGCAUUGAUAAUUAAAAAGAUAUUCUGAUGAAAAAAAAUACAAAAA